AUGGUUCCUCCACCCGCAGAUUCACACGUCGAUGUCCUCAUCGUCGGUGCUGGCCCGGCAGGGCUGAUGGCUGCUACCUGGAUGAGCCGAUGUGGAAUCAAGACUCGCAUCGUUGAUAAAAGAGGCACCAAGAUUUUCAAUGGACAAGCCGAUGGUCUGCAAUGCCGAACGCUCGAAAUUUUUGACAGUUUUGAUUUUGGACAUCGAGCCUGGCGCGAGGCUAACCACAUGCUCGAAGUCUGUCUAUGGAAUCCGGACGAGCAAGGGGUUUUGCGUCGAUCUGAUCGGGUUGCUGAUACUCCUUCGGGUCUUAGUCGCUUCACAGAGGUGGUACUACACCAAGGUCGCAUUGAGCGUUUCUUUUUGGACUCUCUGAAAGAGCAUUCUGACAUCACAGUUGAACGAGGCGUGCUACCAGAAAGCAUUACUCUUGAUGACGUUGAUGCUUACGACAGGAAGGCAUACCCCAUCACCGUCAAACUCCAGCAUCUCACUGAGGAGGAAGCAAUCCCGGCAGAGAGCAAGGUCCACUCCAACGGGUCAGACGUACAGAACGGACUCUUCAGAAGCAACCUUGCCAAAGACGACACGGAAGGUAUCAUCAAUGCAGCAAAGAAAAACCCGAGGGCAGGAUCGCUUGAAACAGUCAAAGCAAAAUACGUCAUUGGCUGUGACGGUGCGCAUUCCUGGGUUCGCCGUCAGUUGGGAUUUGCAAUGGAGGGUGAACAGACGGAUUAUAUCUGGGGCGUUUUGGACAUUAUUCCCGUCACAGAUUUUCCCGACAUUCGAAUGAGGUGCGCAAUUCACUCGGAAAAUUCGGGCAGUGUCAUGGUCAUUCCACGCGAGAACAAGCUGGUUCGGCUUUAUAUCCAAUUAACAACGACAGAAAAAGGAGAAGCACAGUAUGACCGGUCACAGAUCACUCCUGAGAUGAUUCUCAAGAGCGCCCAAAAAAUCAUGGCGCCUUACAAGAUCGAGUAUACGUACUGUGAUUGGUGGACAGCUUAUCAAAUUGGGCAGCGUGUCGGUUCCAAGUUCUCCAAAAAUGAAAGGAUCUUUCUCGCAGGCGAUGCGGUCCAUACACACUCGCCCAAAGCUGGCCAGGGUAUGAAUGUUAGCAUGCAAGACACAUACAAUCUGGGCUGGAAAGUGGCCCUCGUUGCCAAAGGCAUCUGCGAUCCUUCAAUCCUCAAAACAUACCAGUCAGAACGACGAAAGAUUGCGCAGGAUUUGAUUGACUUUGACCACAAAUUCUCACGACUGUUUUCCGGACGACCGGCUAAGAAUAUCCUUGACGAAGAGGGUAUUAGCAUGACGGAAUUCAAGGAUACCUUCAAGAAAGCGCAGUUGUUCACUAGUGGGAUCGGAGUCGAUUAUGGCACCAGCAUGAUAGUAGCCAAGGAAGGGGAUAGCACAGCCCAGGGCGACGGAACAAACGUGAGCGGAAAGAAGACGCAAGUCGCUGGGAAACAGUCCCUAUCAUCCGUGAUCAAGAUUGGCACGCGCAUGCCCAGCUUCCAGGUCAUAAACCAGGCCGACGCUCGGCCAUGGCAAUUUCAAGAGAUCCUGAAAAGUGACGGCCGCUGGCGCAUAAUCGUCUUUGCUGGGAAUAUCAAAGACCCCCAGCAGUCUGCUCGUGUCCAUGCACUCGGCGAGACACUCUCUCAGUCAGAGUCAUUCCUCCGUCGUUGCACUCCGGCAGAAGCUCCAAUUGACUCUAUCGUCGAGGUCCUCACAAUUCACUCUGCCCCUCGACAAGAAGUUGAAUUGAGCGACUUUCAUGAAGCUUUUCAUCCAUUCCAAAAAGGAAUCGGCUGGGAUUAUUGGAAGAUUUACGUCGACGACAUGUCUUACCAUGAAGGCCAUGGUCAAGCGUAUAAAAACUACGAUGUCGAUCCGGAAAAGGGCUGCAUAGUUGUCCUGCGGCCAGACAUGUAUGUGUCGUGGAUGGGAGAUUUGGAGGACACGGUCGAUAUGCAGAAUUUCUUUGAGGGGUUUUUGCUUUCUGUCAAUUAA